AUGGACGUGGCCGUCGGCUGGCUGAAGGCCCAGACGGUGAAGUGGGUGCCCGACAGGGAGCAGCUGCUCGGCACCGCCUUCGACGUCGCCGGCAGGGUCUACCUGAGGCAGAAGACCUUCUCGUACGAGCACUUCGCCCGCGGGCAGGAGAACCGCGUGACGAGGCUGUUCCUCGGACUGCCGGUGGCCGGGCGCAGCCAGGUGGACGCGGCGUUCGACAAGCUCAACAAGCCCCUCAUCAACUGCAGGCAAGUGACGGGGGUGGCCCGCAAGAUGCUGCGGUCGGCGACCAGCCCGGCAGAGCGCUGCUACCACCUGCACACGCUGGCGAUGUGCGCCUCGCUGACGGGCCGCUACGGGCCGGCCAUCUCCGACGCGCGCCGCUGCGCCGACGAGGCCCACGGCGCAGGCCUGGCCGCCUGGCAGCUGAACGGGCUGCUGCUGCUGUUCAGGUCGCUGGCGCGCCACGGCCGCAAGGUGGAGGCCCUGUACGCGCUCGACGAGGCGGAGGGCGUGGCCCGACCGGGCGACAUGCACGACGUCCUCGACUUCAUCGAGGAGUGCAGGAGAGUGCUCGACGAGCCGGAGGACGAGCGCUCGCCCCAGCACAUCGAGAUGGCGCGCGAGGAAGGGCUGCUGAAGAUGAUGAGGAAGGUGGGGCUCGUGCUGCGCGCGCAGAAGGUGGUCAAGAGGCUGCGGUCGCUGCCCUUCGCGGACCGCGUCAGCCUGCCGGAAGGCUUCGACCCCGCCAGCAAGGUCGUCUGAGCGGCCAUCCUCUUCCUCUGUGCCAGCAUCGGUCCAUUCUUCUUUACACCAGCAAACUCCCCCCCCCCCCCCUUUUCCGUUCGCAGCCAUCCAUUCUCCUACUGUUCGCAGUCAUCCUCCUUUACAUUAAAACCACCCUUUCUCCUUCAGUUUGUAGCCAUCCUCCUUUAUAUCAGCAACCGUUCUUUCUCCUUCCAUUCGCAGCCAUCCGUUCUCUUUCCAUCCGUAUCCAUCCUCCUUUUUCACCAGCAAACGUAUUCUCUGUCUUUCUGUUCGCAGCUAUCCUACUUUUACACCACCAACCGUCUUUUCUCCUACCGUUCGUAGUUAUUAUCCUUUAACCAGCAACAAUCCUUUAUCCUUUCGUUCACAGUCAUCCUCUCUCCUUCCGUUCGUAGCCAUUUUCCUUUACAGCAGCGACCAUCUUUUCUUCUUCCUUUCGCAGCCUUCUUCCUUUACAAAAGCAACCGUCCUUUCCCCUCCCCUUUGCUGCCAAUUCGCCACCAUCACAAUAGCAUCCAGCUUUAUCCCUCCCCCCCCCCCUUUUUCAACAGCCACACUCCUCUCACUAUCCUUCCCUUCACCUAGCGGCACAUCUUAUCACUUCCACAGUCAUCUGGCAUUCACCCUUCCACUGACCUUAACUAUUCCGCUCCCCCCCCCCUUGCAAAUAGUUAUCUCUCUUUUUUCAGUUGGCCAUCUUCCUCCACUAUCGGCCACUCUUCGCUUCAACUGGAACAGCUUCCAACAGAAUGUUUGCACUUAAAACCUGUUCAGACUCUUUCAAGUUCUUUGUUUCAUUUAGUGACCGAAACACGAAUCAGGCCACAUUAAUACUAAAAACAAAUGUUAAUUUGAUACAAAAUUGACUAUUUAAAUACCAAAUACAUUAAAAUUAUAUUAUAUAAUUUUAGUUGAAUUUAAGUUGUGCCCCAAUAAUCAAUCGUAAUGAGUUUAUGAGAGUGAUGUAAAUAUGUUAAAGAAUAUAGUCCUACAACUUAUAUUGUUUAUUAACAGAAAAAUUUAUAUAUUUUAAUAUUUACUA